UUGUAUCCUGUAUAUAUUCCUCAAAGGGUUAAUGAGAAAUUAUGUUCUUUUGACCAUUCAAUCAUAAACUGAUAAAAAGUUCACAGGCGCUCCCAACCUUCUUUCCCUUUCCUCCUCUUCUUUUUCUUUCUUCCAUUUUGUAACCCUCUGUAUAUAUUCCACUUCGAGCCAGGGUUCAAAAAGACCCAAAACAACAGUUCUGUAUCUCACUUUAUCUCUAAGAUACGUAUCAAACAGUCCCAUCUUUGCAUAAAACGCCAAUUCCUAUUCAAGAAACAACACAAAUCUCACACAAGAAACACAGAUCCUACGGUUGUCCCUGAUUUUUAAACAUAAUCUGACGGUGUAGAUCAGCAUUCACACGGAUUGACCUUCGAAUUUCGGUUCAUCUUCUGCAUAUUAAUCUUGUGAUGGAGUCUAUAAAGCCAUACCAUAUCAUACUCUCUCUUCCUUCUGGAUCUGGUUGUGUACUUUUCUGAGGGUGUUAUUUAUUGAAGGAAGGUUUUCAGUUGUUUCAAGAAAUCAGGUCAACAAUGGUGGAUCCUACCAUUACCUCUCUUAAUCAAUUGGAUGUAACCAAGACAGACGUGACUAUUAAAGUUCGCAUAGUCAAGCUUUGAAAGCUACUAUCAUUUAAAGUCAAGAACGCUAUUCAUGCUGUAGAAUUGAUCCUCAUGGAUGAGGAGGGUUCCAAAAUUCAAGCAAGUGUGGCUGGUAAUUAUCUCGUAAAGUAUGGAAAACUACUUCAAGAAAAACGUUGUGUCCUGGUUUCUAAGUUUGAAAUUGGCGACAACCUGUCUCCGUACCGACUGACUAACCAUCCACAUAAACUGUUUUUCAAUUUCACUACCGACAUCAUGAAUGGUGAUGACUUUGGUGGAUCAAUUCAUGGAUUCUCUUUUACUUCUUUUGAUGUUCUUCGCAAUCAUGCUAUUCCACCAGACUCUCAUGUUGAAAUAAUUGGUUACGUUGAUGGUUGGUUUCCUAUGAUUGAUCAUACAAGCAGAAAUGACAAUCUGAACAAAAAAAUGAGCUUACAACUUCGUGAUCUAGAGUUACAUAUAUAUUUUUUUGAGUUCUUUUAUACAUUUAUCAAUUACGUCACUUUUAUAAUUUUUUUUAAUAGGUACCUUAAUGUUUAUGUCACUUUGUGGGGAGAUUAUGCGGUGCAAAUGUCAAAGUUUAUGGAAAAGAAUCCUUUGUGAUACUGCAGUUUGGAAGAUAUAGCUUUCAUGAAGCUUUUAUACUUAAGAGUUAAAUGCUUGGUUGGUCCCUGUGGUUUGCAAAAAUUUCAACGCAUGGUCCCAAAAGUUGUCAAAAAUGAACUCUGUUGGUCCCCUGACCUAACCUCUAUUAAAUUUCGCAGUUAACUAUGUGUGAAAUGACUAUAUUACCCCUGAACAAUUAAAAGAAAUAAAAAGGGGUAACUUUAUAAAAAUGUAACGAAGUUUGACGAGUGUUUCAAUUAAGUCAUUGAAACUUUUUUUGUCUAUAUA